AUGGCUACUGCGAACCUUCCGUCUUCUCUGAAAGAAAGCCUGGAAGCAACUAAAGUGGAAUAUGCCCAGCUAGGUUCCUCCGGCCUACGUGUCUCUGUUCCAAUUCUUGGGUGCAUGUCGUUUGGGUCAAAAGAAUGGCAUCCAUGGAUGUUGGAAGAAGAGGAAUCACUAGAAAUCCUAAAGACAGCCUACGCCCGUGGUAUCAAUACUUGGGAUACAGCUAAUAUGUAUUCCAACGGCAUCUCCGAAGAGAUAUUGGGCAAGGCUAUCAAGAAAUUCAACAUUCCUCGCCAUAAACUCGUCCUCAUGACGAAAUGCUGCAUCUAUGUCGGCGAGGAUCCUGAGGUCGUCGGGCCUACUCAUGCCGAACACCUGGCUCGGAGCAAGGACUAUGUCAACCAAGGUGGGCUCUCGCGCACCGCCAUCUUCAACGCAGUAGAUGCCUCUCUUUCUCGGCUGGGGACGUCCUACAUUGACCUCUUCCAAAUUCACCGCUACGACCCAUCCACACCACCUGAAGAGACAAUGAAGGCGCUUCAUGACCUUGUGCAAGUUGGAAAAGUACGUUACAUCGGAGCAAGCUCGAUGUGGGCCACUGAGUUUGCGAAUCUGCAAUUUGUAGCAGAGCGUAACGGCUGGACCAAGUUUGGGACCAAGUUUGUGUCAAUGCAGAAUUACUACAAUUUGUGUUAUCGCGAGGAAGAACGUGAGAUGAACCGGUUUUGCAAAGCCACAGGCGUGGGAAUCAUUCCAUGGUCUCCGCUGUUUGGCGGCUAG